AUGAUGGGCCUCACUAGAAGUACCCUCGUUGUACUAUUUUCCCUUUUCUUUCUAUUCCAGCCAUUUGUGAACGCUCAAGAUCAGGCUCAAGGACGUCCAGGUGCAGCAGCUCCUGCCCCAGCACCCGCGGCUGGUCGACCCGGUAGUGCACCUCCUCCUGAUCAAGUCCCAAUUCAGCCAGCGGCUUCAGGCGCUGCUCCUGCUGCUGGUAGACCUGGCGCCUCAACUGCCCCCGUGGCCGGGGACCCUGCAGCGGGGAGACCCAAAGUCUAUUCCUGUCCGGCAGAUAAUGGAGCAAGAUACACAACGGCAAAUGGAGUGACAUUCGAGUUGAAAUGCGAUCACGGUACCACGGCUAAACCUCUUGAUUCUACGACCACAGCUACACAAAAGGAAUGUGCAGAUUAUUGCUCGACCCUUCCAAAUUGCCAGUCUGCCGAUUGGAACAUCAAUAGCAAAAUGUGUGCAACAAAGCAGGAGUACAUACCGACAUUUCCUCUUCCAGGAACGCACACCUGGUUUCCUCUCGAAGAGCGCAAGCAGCGUCCCGAUACUGAGUACCGCACACCACCAGAAUGCCCAGCACCCAAGGUAGCCCUCGCAGAAAGUGUGACCGCCAGUGCAAGUUUCACAACGGAUGGCGAAUGUCCUACCAAUGAUGGAAAGACCUUUUUGACUCCACAGGGCACAUACUUCAAGGUCAAGUGCGGCUUCGAGAAUACAGCUGAAAUUACGGUCUCUGGAAGCCGACCACUUCAUGACUUUGCCGAAUGCAUGACUGCUUGCGCAGAUAUUCCCGAAUGCAAGAGUGUAACAUUUGCUAACGGAAAGCCCAACUGGGAGUGUAAAAUGUUCGAGGCUGGCGUUGAAGCUUUAACCUCAGAUGCUACCAACAAGAAAGCAUCUGCAGUUGUCAUUGACCCACCAACAUCUGCAAAGCAAGACGACCUGACAUACCUUUGCUCAACAGAAUGCCCAAAUGCUGAUGGACAAACAUGGGAUUCUCCAACAGGACAACGAUUCCGUAUGGACUGUUGCAAGCGCCAUGGAACGAUUCCUAUCGGUGAUACACAGGCAGGCUCUUUAGAGGAAUGCAUGAAGAUUUGCGGAUUCACAUUGGCGUGUCAAUCUGUUGAUUUCCAGAAGGACACCGGAAUGUGUUAUUUUGGAAAACAUUCAGGUGCACCCACUAUUGCUGCAUCUGGAUGGGCUUCUGCCUAUGCAAUUGGUUGUGCUGGUGCUUGCAAGAAAGAGGGACGUUGCGUUGCGUAG